AUGGCUGCUAAUGUCAACAAACCCGUCGACAUCAAGCAGAAGGAGAAUGACAUCAACCGCAAGCUCCAGAUCUACGGCAUUUUCAAUGCCUUCAAGAAUGGCAAAACCCCUUCUAACGAACAAAUCGACAUUGCCCUGAACAGCUUUCUGCAAUCCAGGGCCCUCAGCAAGCCUUCCAACAAGCUCUCCGCCGAUGGACAGGUGCUGGUCGAGGAUGCGAGAGAGGUUGUGAGGCUCGCAAAGCAGCUUCUGCUGUCCAAGAAUCACGGCAACCUGAUUCAGGACUUUAUUUGGCAGACUACGCACUACGAUACUAAGGGCCUCAAGUCUCCAAACGCUCCGUUGACCAAGGACACCGCGACGCGAGACAAGGACGAAGCUCUCGAGGGUUUGCGAACUCUGGGCACUUUGCUCAUCACAAACGGCCAGUUCCGAAAACUGCUCAAGGAUGCCUCUGUUUUACUCCGUGACAUGGUUGGAGACGGCGCUAUGAACGCUGCGAACAAGAUUCGCCCCUCUGAUGAACAACUCAACCAGAUGGACGAAGCUGCUCCCGACAACACAUGGCACGAGAAGCCUGAUCUUUCCAAAGAAGGUGUCAAGAACCAGGCGCGAACGCUCUACAAGGGCGAUCCCAAGCAAGAUGCUCACGAUGUCGUCACUGCUGCUGCCCUUGGAGACCAGUCUGGUACGGUUCCUCAAGCGAGGAUGGACCAGGCGGGAUCUUUGCAUCCACCGGGAGUCGUGCCUCCAGUGACAACUCCAGCGGAUGCGGCCCCUCAGAUUGGAGCAUUGCCUCCUGUGGGAACGGUGCCUCAGAAUGGUGCCAUUAACACUACUCAGCUUAGCCAAAACACGUCUGCCGACGCGGCCAAGGCAGUAGUGAACGAGAAGCUGGACAAGAAUGUCGAUGACGAUCUUCAGGACAAGGCCAAGACGCGGAAAGAAGAGUACCGUCGCAGAACCCGAGAAUACCUGAAGAAGAAGAUGCCUCAAGAGCGCAGAGAUCAGGUUGUUUUCCGUCUCAAAAAGAUUGUGCUCGAAUGCCAGCAGCACCCCGACUAUAUGCAGGCCGUGCAAACUCUCCUUCGUCUGGCCGAAGAAUACGGUCGACAUGGACGCAACUAUGGAAGAGGCUCUGCCGACUCUGCCAAGGACGUUCGAACUGGACUGUCUGCGGCCGAGGAAGACUUGCGUACGCUGAUUGAGCGUUUCGCCAAUGGCACUUCGACGGAAGAUUUGUGGCAGUCAAUCAGCCAGAUCUACAAGGAUGCCGAUCAAGACCGAGAGCUCAGCGAUUGGUUCAAGCAGGUCGACACCUACAUCCGGAAAUGCCUCUUGGAGCAGGGCUAUGUCCUUGAGGAGCAGUCUACCGAUGACUGGAAUCGACUCUACGACCACGGCCGAUACUUGCUCCGUGAGAAAUACCGUAGCCACACCGACCGUGUCAUUGACGAGGUCAGAUUUAUCGCCGAUCAGUUCGACCAAGAUCCUCAAAACAAGGCAUUUGGUCAUGCCAUCCAGAAGCUGUUCAAGGAUCUGGGCAACGACGAGGACGGAAAGCCUGUAUUCAAGCCUCAUCUCAUCAAGGAUCUGACAGAAGUCAUCGUUCCUGCCAUCUUUGAGAACAUUGCAUAUGUUCCGAUCCCGCGCAUCGAGUACUCCGACCCCCAGGUCGAUGCCGUCAUUGAAAAUCUGGUGCUUGAGAGCGACAACUUCAUGCCCAACGUCCUCGAGAUUGCCAGCGACAAUUAUAUGCGUUGGGGACGCAAGAAGUUUGCAAACAAGCACACGCAUAGCGUGGAUAUCAAAGUUACUGGUAUUCAGAUGGACCUCCGAGAUGUCAGCUAUUACAUUAAUCGCAAGAGCGGAUUUCCGUCCAUCAAGGAUACUGGAGUGCUCGACAUGGUGCUCCCCGGCGACGGCUUCUCUUUCAGGUUGAAGGUGGCCACACCAGACAAGAAGGAUGCCCAGCACGUGUUCAAGGUGGAAAAGGUAGACGUCAACGUUCAGGGCCUGAAGCUUAAAGUUAAGAAGUCGAACCACAAGCUCCUAUUCGGCCUCUUUAAACCACUUGCGCUCAAGGCUAUCCGCCCUGGGCUGCAAAAGGCAAUCGAGAAGGCCAUCAAGGACAAGUGCAACCAGGCCGACGAGUUCCUCUACCAGGUCAAGCAGGAGGCUGAUCGUGCCGCCGAAGAGGCCAAGGAGAACCCUGAAGAGGCCGCCAACAUCUACAUGCGAUACUACAAUGCUAUGCAGAAGAGAAUCCUUCAAGGCAAGGAGAAGGCAGAGGCUUUUGUUGCUGAGAAGAAGGUCAACGUCGCCGUGACUAAGCAGGACAGCAUCUUCCCCGACAUUCACUUGCCUGGCGGCAUCAGCUCCAAGGCGACUGAAUACAAGGAGCUCGCUGCCAAGGGCGACAAGUGGGAGAGCCCUGUCUUUUCCAUUGGCGACGCCAAGAAGAGCACCGACAUUCCCAGCGUGCCUCGGAUCGAGAGAAAGGCCCAUGCCGUCUCCGGUGGACACACCAAUGGCAAUGUAAAUGGUAAUGUUGGUGCUUUCAAUGGCAACAUCCAUAGCAACAUCAAUGGCAAUGGCUUGGCCAACGGCAAGGGCCUGGCCAUGGCUGGCGAAAGCUCAAACGGUGGCCCUCUUGGCGGACAUGUUCCCGCUGCUUACUAG